CUCUUAAAAAAAAAAAAAUUGUUUUUUGAAACUAGUAUUUUCUAGGUUGCUAAUGCUUUUUGAAAAUGCCUAAAUAUUACUGUGAUUAUUGUGAUACUUACCUCACACAUGAUUCACCUAGUGUAAGGAAAACUCACUGCACAGGAAGAAAACAUAAAGACAAUGUGAAGUUUUAUUAUCAGAAAUGGAUGGAGGAACAAGCACAACAUCUCAUCGAUGCAACAACAGCGGCAUUCAAAGCAGGCAAAAUUGCUCAAAAUCCAUUUGGCAACAAAGGCACUGCAAUACCACCACCUUGGGAUCCUUCGGUAAUGGGACCAGGAGGACCCCGACCUCCUGUACCCGGUGGUCCUCCCGGUAUGAUACCUCCUCCAUCUAUGGGUCCUGGAGGUCCUAUGGCACCACCAAUGAUGAUGGGUCCACAUGGGCCAAUGCCGCCAAUGAUGGGAAUGAGACCGCCUAUGAUGGGCCCCAUAAUGGGUCCUAUGGGUCCAAUGGGACCAAUGGGACAAAUGAGACCUCCACUUAUGAAUGGACCACCUAUGAACAAAUAAUAAUAAUCUUCAAUGGACUGAUGCUGAAUUAUUAUGUAUUAAUUUGAAGACUAAGUGUAGCAAUUUUUAUAUUCAUAAAUGUGAGUGAGUUUGGUAAUGAGGGUGUUAUGUUUAAGUAACAUUGGAAGAAUAAAAACCUAAAGUUUUUCCAUUGACUAUUACAAAUUUAAGAACUUAAUUUGUUAAUCAGCCAACACCUACAAAUAUUUUAUAAGUUACACUCUAAUAAAUAAAAAAGUAAAUUUA